AUGAACCACAGCAUCAUAACUGAGUUCAUUAUUCUGGGCUUCACCCAAAAUGCUGAACUCCAGGAAAUUCUCUUCCUUGUUUUUUUGUUUUUUUUCAUCUACCUUGUGGCUUUUCUUGGUAAUAUGCUUAUUGUCAUUGCUAUAAUCUAUAACAACACCUUGCAUACCCCCAUGUAUGUUUUUCUUCUGGCACUGGCUAUUGUGGACAGCAUCUGCACAAAAAGCAUCAUACCAGAAAUUCUUGGGACCAUGCUAACACCAGGAAACACAAUUUCAUAUGGGAGCUGCAUGUCCCAGCUCUUCUUCUUCACAUGGUCACUGGGUGCUGAAAUGGUUCUCUUUACCACCAUGGCCUAUGAUCGCUACAUAGCCAUCUGUUUCCCUCUUCAUUACAGUACUAUUAUGAACCUCUGUAUGUGUGUGGCCUUGCUCAGCACUGUCAUGGUUAUUACAGUAACCAAUUCCUGGGUGCACACGGGUCUCAUCCUGAGGUUGACUUUCUGUGGGCCAAAUACCAUUGACCACUUCUUCUGCGAGAUACUCCCACUAUUGGCUCUGCCCUGUAGCCCCGUAAGAAUCAAUGAAGUGAUGGUGUACAUUGGUGAUAUUACUCUGGCCACAGGGGACUCAACCUUCACCUGCAUCUCCUAUGGGUGGAUUAUUGUUGCCAUCCUCCAUAUCCGCACAGCAGAAGACAAGCAGAAGGCCUUCUCAACAUGCUCGUCCCACCUUGCAGUGGUGUCCCUUUACUAUUCCCCUGUAAUCUACACAUACAUUCGCCCUGCUUCCAGCUACACAUUUGAAAAGGACAAGGAGAUAGCUGCAUUCUAUGUUCAUGUGACUCCCGCAUUAAACCCAAUUGUGUAGAGCUUCCGUAACAAGAAAAUGCAGACAGAGAUUAGGAAAGUGUUUGCAUUUCUAAAACAUUAG